CGCGUCAAGGAAAGGGGACAGGGGAAAAUGGGGGGAAAGGAGCUGCUGGCCAAUCAGCUUCCAUAUCGUGGAUGCCAUGGAACUUAGAUAGCCAAUCAGCGCCACAUGAAGUCCCGGCGCACCACGUGGGCGGAUGCACUUCGUGGUCUUUGCAGAGCCAAGUCGGGGGUGAGAUUCCGAUGCACGUGUGGAUACGAUAAUAGGGGGAUACUUUUGCAGGGUGGGAUUAUGAUGGUAAUGAAAAUUCUAAUAAUGACCGGUCGUCAUCGUCCUAAUAAUAAUAAUACUUGCUAGUCAUAAAUGUAAUAAUUAGGAAUUAUUAAAUUCAGUCCUUGUGAAUUUCUUCAGUGAGUGAACUGGAGCAAGAAAAGAGGUGCACAUGGGCUCAGCUUCUCCCACCGCUCUGGCUCAUGCGGCUCAGUCCUAAAGAGUACCUCUGAGCAUGUGCAGAGCGACUUCCUUCCUUGGCUGAAUCAUCACAAUCCCUCCCACCACAUUUGAGAACCUGAAGUCCUAGUAUCAGUCUGGUUAUAAAAUAAAACACUGCGUGUGUGUUUGCCUGUGUGUUGAAAUGGGCAGAACUUGUUCUGCUUAUAGUUAUUUUAACAGGUUUGACUAAGAGAGCCUGUGCCAGCGUUUGGUAACUCGAUGAGCUCUAGCGAUGCAUUGAUAUUUCCAAAUGUUUAUCUUUCAAGAACAAUAGCUUCGGACUCCUUUUCAGUAAUCUAGUUAUUUGAUUGUGAGCUCGCAGGCAUAGUUAGGUCAGGCUUCCCACUUACAUCCCUUUAGAAGUCAUACAUAAUAAUGAUCAUGACAUGCAGCUUCUUAAUGCAAAGAGGGAGGGGAAGACUGCAGCAACUGCAUAGGUGGUGUAGACUUCGUGCAUUUUUGAUAACCAGCUCUCCUCUUCCUUCACCCCGCCAUCCAGAGAGCAUGCCAGGGAUGCGCCCAUCCUAAUGGAGCCAGGCUGCAAGCGCCGGAAAACGGUGGAGCUUAACGGGGCCUCCACAUGGGACGUGCUUCCUGUUCUUUCUGAGAGGGAAUCCCAGAGUGUGGUUCUAAUCCCCGCCUUUGCUGCACCCAUCCUGGACAAGAAGGAGGCCUGCCGCCUGGUGAGGGAGGUCUCUGCCGCCUACCCACUGGGGGACCACCCGCACUUGAAACGCGUCCGUCCCUGCGUCUCCGCGGAGAGCGCCCACCCACUGGAGAUGAUCCUGUGCCUGGCUAGCCCCAGACUGGAGCAGGAUGGCUCGCAGUCCCUUGCUGCCCUUUUCCCCGAUGGCCAGGUCGACCCGCGUGGCUUGGGGGAGCCUUUUCUGACCCUGGUGCCAGCCUUCCCGCCCUUGACCCGCCCCCAGUAUGAGGAAGCCUCCUCGCACUGGCCUGUCUCUUUCCAUGAGAACAAGCGCAUCAGCCGGGCUCUCAGCGGCUGCCUCUUCACUCCCUCGGAAAAGGCCGCCAUGCAAAGCCAUAUGGAGCUGGCUGUCCAAGCGGCGCGAGAAGGUGCACGGCUCAACAUGGAGCCAGUGGGGGCCGUGGUGGUUGACCAAGCUUCUGGGAGAGUUCUGGCGGCGGCGCAUGACUGCAGGAAAGGCUUCAACCCGUUGCUGCACGCUGCUAUGGUUUGCAUCGACCUGGUGGCCUGCAGCCAGGGAGGUGGGGCGUACGGUUAUAAAGAUUACCCUUCCUGUACCUUCUUUCAGCCGGAUGGCGACUCAGGCCAUUCCUCCUCGUCGGGCGAUGGGCUCCCCUACAUCUGCACCGGCUACGAUAUGUACUUGACGCGGGAGCCGUGUGUGAUGUGCGCCAUGGCUCUGGUGCACUCGCGCAUCGGACGGGUUUUCUACGGCGUGCCGUCCGCUCACGGCGCCCUGGGGACCAACUACCACAUCCACCGCUGCAAGGACCUGAACCACCGCUUUGAGGUGUUCCGCGGCGUUUUGGAAGACCAGUGCCGCAGCUUGGCACAUAUUUCGGUGCCCGGGGAAUCACGGAAAGACAGUCCUUGAGGAGGAUAUUUCUUGUUCUGCUUCCUUUUUAACUUUUUGUAAUAUAUAUUAUGUAUGUCUUAUUUUAAGAGAAGUAGCGUGUCUGCGGAGCUUUGGAAUGUGUACAGUGGUACCUCGGGUUAAGUACUUUAUUUGUUCUGGAGGUCUGUUCUUAACCUGAAACUGUUCUUAACCUGAAGCACCACUUUAGCUAAUGGGACCUCCUGCUGCUGCCGUGUCGCUGGAGCACGAUUUCUGUUCUCAUCCUGAAGCAAAGUUCUUAACCUGAGGUACUAUUUCUGGGUUAGCGGAGUCUGUAACCUGAAGUGUAUGUAACCUGAAGCGUAUGUAACCCGAGGUACCACUGUAUUUGUGUGUGGGGGGUUGUCUCUCAUUUUAACCCUUUUUACUGUUCUCUUUUUUUCUUUUGAAAUACA